AUGCAGGCAGUGAGAGGAUUCGCGCAUGCAUUGAAGGUCACCAGAGAGUUGAUCGGAUUUCCGGAGCAGAGCUCACGGACCGAGAAACCGAAAUGUGCGUCGAACCGGAAGAGAGAGCGGUGCCUGAAGGAAGCGGGGUGUCCAGCCACAGGCGCAGUUUCUGAGGUGUAUGUACACCCGAGCGCUUUGAGCUGCUGCGCCGCCGCGCCCGGAGUAAAAAGUCGCUGGAAGGCCGUCCAGGCGUCUUCAGCGCUGGAAAUCGACAAGGGCGGCGACGACAGUGGAAGAAGAAGCGGGAAAAACGCAAAGAUGGGCGGCUUCCGAAAGCGGUUCGUGAAAAUUUGCGACCAAAGAAGGUCGGCGGCUGCUGAAAUGUGCAGUGAUUCUUCAAACCGAUGCUGCGACAGUUGCAGAUCGCUGCACGAGCAGCUGACGCAGCUUGUGCGACGAAAGGUUCCCCUAAACGCGGCGGGAAAAACGCAGCGGAACCGGCUCGGCGUUCUCCAGCGGAACCCCCCAGAGACUCGGUAA